AUCCUAGGGAGGGGAGAGGAAGAAAGUGCUAAACAUCUGAAGCAUAGGGAUAAGCCUUGCAUUUUGUCAGGCUGUAACGGUUUCAGUGUGAGUGUGCAGUCCUCCUUGCCAAGGACGGAGAGGCACCAGGGACCAUGAGUGAGAAUGGCCCUCAUACAGAGGCGUCGAUGUACUUUGAGGUGGAGGUGGAUCCCUUGGGUCGGGACGACGAAGAAGAAGACGACAAGAUCCACUUUGACAAAGACGAUGACUUGAUUGCUGAACCUUCAUCGUCUUCCGGUCGGGUGUACGACCGCACCACAGUGCUGAUUGAGCGGGACCCUAUUCGGCUAGACGAGGAGGGCGAAGAGGAGGGUCACUGUGGAGGGGACGAAGAUGGGGUCACCUUCCUCACUGAAGGGGAGGGUGAUGGAGACGAGGAGGAUGGCUCUCUGGCCUUUAUGAACGACCCUGAUGGCAUGUCACAGGGUUAUGUACACCACACCAUUUCUCCAGACCAGAUUCAGUUCACAAUAAAUCCAGGCUCCACACCCAUGCCACGCAACAUAGAGGGAGCCACCCUCACCCUGCACUCUGAAUGCCCAGAGACCAAGCAGAGAGAGGUGAAGCGCUACCAGUGCAUGUUCGAAGGCUGCACCAGGACGUACAGCACGGCGGGAAACUUGCGAACACACCAGAAGACACACAGGGGAGAGUACACAUUUGUGUGCAAUCAGCAGGGCUGUGGAAAGGCCUUCCUCACUUCUUACAGCCUCAAGAUCCACGUCCGCGUUCACACCAAGGAGAAGCCAUUUGAGUGUGACGUGCAAGGCUGUGAGAAGGCCUUCAACACGUUAUACAGACUAAAAGCACACCAGAGACUUCACACAGGCAAGACAUUCAACUGUGAAUCAGAGGGAUGCACAAAGUACUUUACCACACUUAGCGACCUGAGGAAGCACAUUCGCACGCACACUGGGGAGAAGCCAUUCCGGUGUGACCACGAUGGCUGUGGCAAAGCCUUUGCCGCAAGUCACCACUUAAAAACACAUGUACGGACACACACAGGGGAGAAGCCAUUCAACUGUCCCAGUGACGGCUGUGAGAAGACUUUCAGCAGCCAGUACAGUCUAAAGAGUCACAUCCGUGGCCACGACAAAGGACAGCCUUUCACCGUCACCCUCACCCAUCCGCUCUCUGAAGAUGCAAAUCACUCGCUGUGCCUCAGUGACCUGAGCCUCAUCUCUACUGACUCAGAGCUACGAGAGAACAUCCAUAAUGCUCAAAAUUUGGACCUCAGCAGUGUGACCCCUGUGAAAAUCUUUGAGCUCAUGUUCCAGAGUCCUGAAAAUAGUGUCAGCCAAGAUGAUGCCCAUCCCAACGAGAGCCUUGCUGAAUCCUUCAGCCUAGAGAGGUCUACCCAGUCGGUAGUGAGUGAUGGCUCGUCCCUCAUCUCCUUCUCUCUACACCCCACCUGCUCAUCUUCCUGUUCCCACACAACCCCAGUCAUGGAGGCUCCUCCCCAGCUCAGUCAGACAUCCUCCUCUCAGGCCUCCACUCCUGCCUCUGUCACAGCUACAGUCAGCACCACACAGCCCUCCCCGUUCAUGCAGCUAGCUGGGCCUCAGCAGAUCUCCGAUGUGCCUGCUCAGGCUUCUGUCCAAGCACCCAACCAUGUCAACCCCCAGCACUAUGUGGCACUGCAACCUACAUUCCUGCCGCCGGAUACCUCCACCCAGACCACUCCUCUACCACCAGCCAUCUCCGCUCCUCCUCCAGUUGCUCCAGCACUGACCACCACAGCGCCAGGCACUGCUGCUGUGUCGGUUGUUGCAGCAAACGCAAAAGAUGCUCUGGCAGCUGUGGCCCAACCUGUGCCUUUGGCCAACAACCCUGUCCCCAACCCCGGCCCUGGUUUGACUCCCACGCCCGCCACCAUCACCAUAGCUCCCACCCAGAACCUGCUGCAGCCCAGCCUGGUUAUGUCGGACCAGAACCUCCAGUGGAUCCUCAGCAGUGCUGCCAACAGCCAGCAGAACCCAGAGCAAACACCACAUCAAGGAGCUCCAAAAGUGGAAAAAGUUUUCUUCACUACAGCCAUACCAGUGGGAGGAAAUGCUGGCAACUCAGUCCAACAGAUCGGCCUCAGUCUGCCCGUUAUCAUCAUCAAACAGGAGGAAUCCUGCCAGUGCCAGUGUGCCUGCAGGGACUCAGCUAAAGACAAGAGUUCAAAGAGUGCCUCCUCCACCGUUUCAGCCCCAGCACAGCUGCAACCUCCGGAGCCCCCUCUGCCCCCACUGCCACUACCCCCAGAGCCUCAACAUCAUCCAACUCCCUCAUCGUCCUCAUGCUGCCUCUCUGAGUCUUCCUCCAAGGUGGGCGAGGUGAGGUUGGAGGCCCCCUCUUCUUCUUCUUCUGCCUCCUCCUCCUCCUCCUCCUCAGCUCAGACGUUCUCCACGAUAGUGAGCAGCACUGCCACAAACCCUCCCUCGUCUGGCGGGCUAGCCAAUAUGGACGUCUCGGACUUCCUCUCCCUGCAGAGCCCCGAGACAGCUGCCAACAUUGAGGCCCUGCUGCUGGUCGCUGAUGACUUCAACAUGGCCACUGAUGGCAAUCCUUAGAAGAGCUGCCUUCUGAAUCUGGCACCAUGUGUUCGUCUGUUGCACCCACUCAUGCACAGGCAUCAAUUCCACCCACAUCUCGAGUCAUUCUCCACAGCAGCGCCUCUUCUUUCUCCCUAUAUAGUCUGUGCAUCGAACCCCCUGUACCUGCAGUGCAUUCUGUUCUGUAUGGCAUUGUGCAACAUACAUAUAUAUAUAUAUAUAGAUAUAUAUACACAAACUAUGGAUAAUGUUUCUGUUGAGGCUCAUUGCAGUAGUUGAGUUUUUAAAAGCUGGAUUAGUUUGCUUAUUGAGAUUUAGCAAAGUCACUGCUAAUGAAUGCAGGGAAAAGGCAGUAGAUCCUUUUGUUAUGAGCAUAAUCAAACUGUAUAUAAUAACCCUCGAUUUCCACUCUGAAUCAAUCGAAUGAAACAAAUGAGUGUCGUCCAAGCACUGAUAACUUAAGAGUUCCUUUUUCCUGGCUUGAAGGUCAAAUGCCUGAGCAGGAAAACAAAACUUGUCUGUAUAUCCUUGUACUGUACUACGGUUCCUAACAAAUGCUUAAAGCUGGUAUGCAACUGACCAGAAUGCACUGUAUAUUAGAGGAAUUUAAUUUUAACAAGCAUUGCUCCCAGUAGGAAUUCAAAGGGGUCGGCCACAUAGCCCCCUUAUAUGGCUGUCAUGCUAUAUAAAGUGUUUUUUGUUUUCUAGGAAGACUAGCGUAGUCCAGAAAAUGUGAUUUUUCUUUUACUUCUUUUGACAGUAAUCUACUAAUCGAGAAAAGAACCUGUGAUCCGAUUUGCCUGUCUUUAAGUGAAAUUAAUACAUCAAUAAGUUGCCUAUAACUUAAACUAAUUUAAAAUUGUACAUGUUAAUUUAUUUAUAUGCCUGAUUCUUUCUUGAUACUGGUAAUAAUAUUAUCUUCAAAAUAGCAGAAAAUUCUAUUAAUUUAUUCCGAUCACUUGUUGUAUUUUUACGUUGUGCUGUUUUUAUGUUACUGAAUUGCUUUUUUUUUUUAAGAACGUAAUGGGUAUUGCUUGAGAAAAGAGGCACCUAUAGUCGACUGCACAGGGAAACAAAGUAUCCUGGAGGAUGUGCUUGUUUGAAAAAAAAAAAUGUCCACAAUGAAACAGUAAGGAACUACUGUCAACAUCCCAUGUUUUAAAGGGUUGUGACCCUCUCAGGGAUGCAUCAAGUCAUAACUGAUCCUGGUUCCCUUAAUUUGUUAUUCAAACUUAAGUUGUUUUUCUCUCAUCAGAUGCCCCGACUUUGCAGUAGCCCUAAGUUUUGCUGCACUCUUCCCUGUUUAUUGCACACUAACUUGUAAAGUGAGUAACCUGAUGUGCAGCACCACUACAGACUUUUUUGUAUACAACUGCUGUAAAGUAGCAUUUAAAAAGAUGGUGUCCUGGUGACAGUGUAAAUACAGUACAUUUUAGUGUAAACAUCUUUGAGAAAACUUGUAGAUUAUUCUAGAAUUUGUAUUUUUGUAUAGACUUUUGAAUUACUAACUCUCAGAGUUUGGAGCUAAUGUAUACCCUUCUAUCCUUGCAUUCUCCCCCCUCCCUCCAGUCACAUUUAUGCAGAGGAAUUUUUGCUGUGUUUAGUUGAGUAGUCGAAGCAGCUGGGCUUUUGUACAGUCCCCAUAGUAACAAGAUACAUGUAACACAUAGCCUCCUGCUCGGAGUAUAAUUUAACAGUAUUGUUUCACACAGCGGGACACAAUGCAAUGACAACAGAACGACGGCAUUAUGCCCUGUAUGCUAGAGCGUAGAGCUACUUGGCCUUACAACAUAACUGUUCUACGAGCCUCCUUGCCUUGACAGUCUCUGCUUCACAGACUUGCCAUCGACAUCUUCACCGAGUCUCUAUCACUCACAGCAGCAGAUCACAAUUAGGCAAAAGCAUCGAGACAGAAAUGGUUUCACUAGAAUCUGUUUUCCAGCUGUCGGUUUGGAAAGCCGUUAACGUAUAUGCAGCGUGACGGAUACAAGUGAUUCGACUUUAUAGAUCGAGGUCGUGGGAGCAAACCAUACUGGCAUGCGUGUCACAUAACUCUUGUCUGGGUUUUUUAUUUUGUGCGUUUCCUUUUUGCCAAAAAUUAGGAGUGGAGCUUUCCCUCGAUUCACAGGUGCCAAGAGGGCAGUUAGAUAUGUGAAAAGCUCCAGGCACAUUUCGUGCUCCGAACCAUUCCAUGUAUGCAGUUUAAAGAUAUCAAAAGUGUCUCUACUUAUUUACUCGCCAUUUCCCAGUUAAGGCUCUGUGAAAUUACUGCCAGGAGUCUCAUACCAUCGAUACACAUUCUCUUACAUGCAUACAGUCAACGAACACAACUAUGCAAUUUUACAUGAGGCAUUGACAAGACAAAAGGUUAUUCACCUCUUCAUUAAAUUAUGUUCUGCCCCAACCUCAUGAGAAGAACUCCAGUAUCUCGCAUUUCAUAGUUUGAGUGGUGUAAUUCUGGACUUGUCGUGUGUCCAAGUACUGUUCCCCUGAAUGUUGCACCACACUGAUCCCUUCACAUGCUGUUUUAACCCCAACUGGAUUUGUUUGAAGGAGUACUUAGUGAAUGAAUGAUUCUGUUUUAAGAAUUAUUUUUUUGGUCAAGUGUAUGCAGCUUUGUUUUUUCCACUUUAUGCAUAAACUGUUCAUUUUGGGCUCACUCCACUUUAUGUAAUCAUCUCAGCCUUUCACAUAUUAAAAUUUGACGUGGAUAAUCGGUUGGCUCAUUUUCACACAAUAAAAGUCAAACUUGGAGCUGCAGAUAUGUUUUAUUAAUAAGCAGAGAGGUGGUUUAUGGUUUGUGACCCAGGUUUGGUUUCUGGAGUUUACCUGGAAAGGUAACGUCAGCAUAUCACUGAUGGAGACGUUUGUUUGGAAGCAGAUUGUUUGAGCAGAAAGCGUUUUUGGAGAUUGAGAUCCAAAUUGGGCAAUAUUUAAAUUGCAAAAAAAGGAAACGUCUGCUUCCAGAGGAAUGUCUUGACACCCAAAGAGUGAGGAACUGUUGAGGAUUUGUAUUUUUUAAAAAGAAUGUAUAAUGUGAAAAUGUUUGCUUUUGCUUGUUUCGUAUAAAGUAAUGAUAAAUACAUUUUGGAAUUGAGAGCAAUAUAAUACUAAUAAAACCUUAUCCUUGUCACUGA